GUGGAUUCCUCCUCCCUCAGACCCGGGAGCCCGGGCCCCGCCCCUCCAGCAGCCCCAGCUCCCGGCCACGCCCCUGGCCCCGGAAACUACCGCUCCCAGCGGUCGCCGCGCUCGGCUCCGGCCCCCGUAGUCCCCGCCCCUUCCGGAAGCGCAGUCCGUGGAGGCCCUGCCACACGUGGACGCGGGAGGCGUGGAGCUGCUCGUCUGCGUGGGAGCCGCGCCGAGGGCAUGAGCCGCUACCUGCUGCCGCUGUCCGCGCUGGGCACGGUGGUGGGCGGUGCCGUGCUGCUCAGAAUUUAGCCUCUGGAAUAUGGGCGAAGCAAAGAAUGGGGGUGGCUCUUAGAGCCGGAAAAGGCACCGGAGCACAUUCCCCCGCACCAGGAACCCAGCCCUGCCCACCCCUUGCUUUGAUUCCAGGGAGGCCCUUUUGGACCCCGUCCAGCAGGGACUAUGUCACUGGCGGGGCCUGUCCCAGCAAGGCCACUAUUCCCGGGAAGACCGUCAUAGUGACUGGCGCCAACACGGGCAUCGGGAAGCAGACGGCCUUAGAGCUGGCCAAGCGAGGAGGCAACAUCAUUUUGGCCUGUCGAGUCUUGGAGAAGUGCGAGGAGGCAGCAAGAGAUAUCCGCAGGGAGACCCUGAAUCACAGCGUCCGUGCCCGGCACCUGGACCUGGCCUCCCUCAAGUCCAUCCGAGAGUUUGCAGCCAAGAUCAUUGAAGAGGAGGAGCGAGUGCACGUCCUGGUCAACAAUGCGGCCGUCAUGCAGUGCCCCCACUGGACCACUGAGGACGGCUUUGAGAUGCAAUUUGGUGUUAACUACCUGGGUCACUUCCUGUUGACACACUUGCUGCUGGACAAGCUGAAAGCCUCAGCCCCUUCUCGGAUCGUCAACCUCUCGUCCUUGGCCCAUGUUGCUGGGCACAUAGACUUUGAUGACCUGAACUGGGAGAAGAAGAAGUACAACACGAAGGCUGCGUACUGCCAGAGCAAGCUGGCCGUCGUCCUCUUCACCAGGGAGCUGAGUCGGCAGCUGCAAGGCACUGGCGUGACUGUCAAUGCUCUGCACCCUGGCGUGGCCAGGACAGAACUGGGGAGACACACCGGCAUGCACAGCUCUGCCUUCUCCAGCUUCGCGCUCGGUCCCAUCUUCUGGCUGCUGGUCAAGAGCCCCCAGCUGGCAGCCCAGCCCAGCACUUACCUGGCUGUGGCAGAGGAAUUGGAGGGCAUUUCUGGAAAGUACUUUGAUGGCCUCAAGGAGAAGGCUCCAGCCCCUGAAGCUGAGGACGAGGAGGUAGCCCGGAGGCUUUGGGCUGCAAGUGCCCACCUGGUGGGCCUCGAGAUGCCUGGUGGGGCCUCUGUGAAGGGGCAGUUCCUCCCCAAAUAACCUCUGGGAGCAGGUGUGGAAACCACCUGGGAGGCUGAAUCACCAGGAUCCAGCAGCACGGCCAGUCGAGUCACCACCACGCCCACAGCCCUCUGGAUGGCAGUAGUGGCAGAGGCACGCUGGCUGCCACACCCACAGCGCCCUCCAGGGGGCAGUAGUGGUUGGGGCACACUGGCUGCCAUGCCCAGGGCCCCCCAGGUGGCGGCAGUGGCCCUCUUCUUGCUGCCGUCUCCUGGUGCUGACUGCCCGGGUGGAGUGCCGUGCCCUGCUGACAGCAGGCAUCGCCAGAUGCCUCCUUGGGGACCUGCUGAGUGAGGAGUGGGCUCGCUGUGUUGUGGCCACGUCAGGAGAGCUAGUGGCGUGGGGUGGACCGUGUGGCCAUUGGAAAAGUUGACAGGCGUGCGGCCAAGCUCAUGGCUCCCUGUGUGCCCUGUGCACCUCACGUGUCCUCUGAGCCUUGGUUUCUCCAGCUGGGAAAUGUGCCUAAUGACCGGACCACCUCCUGGGACCAGGUGUUGGCGAGCGAGUUACCGCCUGGCCCAUGGGUGGCCGUGGUGCGGUCCUUGCAAACGGUGACGCAAGGGCCUUCCAAAGCCGGUGUGCUGAGGACACAGAUCCCGGGCCUGGUGCCUGCAGCCCGGUGGGGUGGCAUGACGCGAGAAACCUGCCAGCUGUUGCUGCGAGGGAAGAAGUGGGGUGCCCAGGUCACGGCCUCCCCUCAACCCCGUGGUGGCUGAAACCGUUAGACUCUGAACUUGCUCUUUAACAAAAGUAAUACAAAACCCAGCUGAG